UUAGUUUCUAUUUCCUCCAAUUAUUUGUCUGCACUUUACACGAGUCACUGUUUCUGUACAUAUCUACCAAAAACUGAAUGAAUGAGUGAUGACUGUUAGUUGAUUCUGACACUUCUCACCCAAAAAAGAUUCAAUCUUUAUCUGAUUUCUCACAAAUCUGAACCCAACCCAUUUCAUUUUACUCCAUAUUCUUGCCAUUUACCCUUUUUUUUUGCUGUUUUUUUUCUCGGAAUUUGAGCUUAGAUUGGUGUCAUUAUUAGUGUUGGACGUUAUAACUCAUCUGGGUUGUGAGGUGAAGUUCCAUUGGUUCUUUAUUCCUUAGAUUAGAUGUUAGUAUAAGCUAUGUUGUUCGUACUCUCUAAAAAAUGAUGCCCCACCCGUGUCGAAGAUACUACUUUUGAAGAUCCAACAAGCACACGAGAACAUUUUUGAAGAGUUCGAGCAAUAUAAAUUUAUAUGAUUAGGUUCAAACAGCGGUGAAUUCGUGGAGGUUAAUCUUCUAAUGGACUUCAGAACCUUGUUGUUAAUCUUUUUGGCACUAUGCCCUGCACUUUCAGCACAAACAGUUAAAGAAAUAGUACUUACGAUUGAUGCAUCUACGAAAGUUGCCUGGACAGAUGCUAAUUACAUUUGUGCUACCAUUGAUUGGUGGCCUAAAGAGAAGUGUAACUACAAGCAAUGUCCUUGGGGUUCAGCAUCUAUUAUAAAUCUGGAUUUAACUCAUCCAUAUCUGGAGAAUGCUAUACGAGCUUUCAAGGGUUUGAGAUUACGGCUUGGAGGUUCUUUACAAGACCAAGUAAUAUAUGGCGUAGGGAACUUGAAAUCUCCUUGCAGUUCAUUCACCCAGCAGAAGGAUGGGUUGUUUGGAUUCUCUAGGGGAUGCUUACCUAUGCAGAGAUGGGAUGAGCUAAAUAACCUUUUCAAGAAGACAGGAGCACUUGUGACUUUUGGCUUGAAUGCACUGUAUGGGAGACAACCGACAAAUAGGCACGCGUGGGUAGGAAAUUGGGAUUCCAGCAAUGCCCUUGAUUUCAUAAAAUACACUGUUGCCAAGGGCUACCAGAUAAACUCAUGGGAAUUUGGAAAUGAAUUGAGUGGUAGCGGGAUUGGUGCAAGUGUUGAUGCUGCACAGUAUGGAAAAGAUGUUAUCCAGCUGCACAAUCUCUUAAACCAAGUAUAUCAGAACACCCCCGUACGUCCUCUACUAUUAGCACCAGGAGGAUUCUAUGAUCCUGGGUGGUUCGGCAAGCUCCUUCAGGUUUCAGGGCGUGGCACUGUCAAUGUCUUGACACAUCAUAUUUAUAAUCUUGGCCCGGGGUCUGAUAGCAAGCUAGUGGAUAAAAUUUUAAAUCCUGAAUACCUGAGUAGAACAGAAGGCACAUUCAGCAGUCUUACUCAAACCAUUCUAAGAAAUGGUCCUUGGGCUUCAGCUUGGGUUGGAGAAUCUGGUGGAGCCUUCAACAGUGGAGGUCCUGAUGUGUCUAACGCCUUUGUAGAUAGCUUUUGGUACUUAGAUCAGCUUGGGAUGGCAGCCAAGCACCAUACUAAAGUAUACUGCAGACAGACGCUUAUAGGUGGAAAUUAUGGGCUCCUUGAUACCGAUACGUUUGUUCCAAAUCCUGAUUAUUAUAGUGCACUUCUUUGGAAUAGACUGAUGGGAAAAGUAGUACUUGGUGUUUUCAACAGCGCAGCACCACAUUUGCGCACUUAUGCCCAUUGUACAAAAGAUAGAGCAGGUGUGACUUUACUUCUGAUAAAUUUAAGCACCCAGAUUCAGUACAAGGUCAACAUCCACUCUACUGCAGAAACCAGCUUGCAAGUAGGUGAGAAAAAGGUUCACAAGAAGAAAUCAUUCGCGCACAGUAUUAAAGAAAGUGUCUCAUGGGUAGGAACCAAGUCAUCAGAUGUUACAUUAUCGCGAGAAGAAUACCAUCUAACACCAGAAGGUGGCAACAUUAAAAGCAGAACAAUGCUCCUCAACGGGAAAUUAUUGCGACUCACAGAAACAGGAGACAUUCCAAGCUUGUCUCCAGUCUUUACAAAUCUUAACUCUCCAAUAUCUAUUGAACCAUUGUCCAUCAAGUUCAUUGUUUUCCCCAAUUUUAAUUCUCCCAGUUGUAGAUAGGUAUUAUUGAGAGCUUCAAUACAAAUAUAACUGUGGCUACAAUAAUACCAGCCCCUUAUAGCUGAUUAUAAUUUUUACAUGGAAUAACUCAUUACUCAUUAUAGAAUCAAAUAUACCAGUUCAACUUUUC